UUUCUCCUACUUACAAAUCUUUCCUUCCACAAUCACCACCACAACUACAAGAACAAACAAGAAAGAGAGAGAAAGAGCAAAUUUUGAGAAAAAAAAAUGUGUAGAGGUUUGAAUGAAGAAGCGAGCAGAAGAAGAAGCGACGGAGGAGGAGGAGGUUGCCGGAGUCUCUGCACGACACCGAGUGUUCCGGUUAGGUGUGAGCUUUGUAGCGGAGACGCGUACGUGUUCUGUGAGGCUGACUCGGCGUUUCUUUGUAAGAAAUGUGACCGGUGGGUUCACGGAGCGAAUUUUCUAGCUUGGAGACACGUGAGGCGCGUGCUAUGCUCUUCUUGUCAGAAACUCACGCGCCGGUGUCUCGUCGGGGAUCACGACAUCCACGUUGUUUCACCGUCGGCGACGACGACCGUGGAGGAUAGAAGUGAACAAGUUAGUAGCAAUGAUCAUGAUGAGGUUCCGUUUGUGUUUCUCUGAUAUUUAGUUUUUUUUUUUUUUGGUGUAAGAUAUAAAUAUUCCUAGGGUUUUUAUGCAAUUUUUUUUCUAUUAAGAAAAAAUCCGGGAAAUUUAGUUUAUGAAGCUUAGAAUUUUAUGAAAAAUGGGUAUUGGCUUAAAAUAGCAAAAAAAAAAUAUCUGGAAUAGAAAGGAGGAAAGAAAGAAGGAUCGUUUGUUACUUUAUUCUUCGAAUCUUUCUUUUGUAAACCACAAAUAACAAAAGUGUUCCAUAAAAAAAUUGCUACAAAAUAAAAAAAAAUCAUUAAACUCAA